UUCAAAAUCAGUUCAGCUUGUGAUUUACAAGCUAACAAGCGCCUCUCAAGUCUUAUUACAUAUUUAAUUAGUAAUGAUUCGGUAAAAAAGUCAAAAUGAAUUUAUUUUCUCGCGUAUUAAUUCUAUUGUACGCGAUUUAUCUCAGCGAAGCUGGAUAUUAUGGAGCAGCACCACCUAUAGACAAUCCACAAUCUGACGUCGAGGCCCCAGCUUAUGUGCCAGUCUAUGCGAAGACCAGACCAUACGGACGCAAGACCAGUUACAGUAGUGGUACCAAAACCUACAGCGGUACCAAGUCCUAUAGCGGCACGAAAACGUACGGGAGUGGUAUAAAAACCACAGGAGCCACUAAAACCCAUUAUGGUACCAAAACUCACCCUGGCGGCACGAAGACCAGCUACGGUGAACACAGGACCUGGCAGAAUACUGGAUCAUUGCCCACCUACAACCAGUUCCAUAAUAAUGCCCACGGGGGAUACGAUCCAACGAUGUGCGAGGUGGAGUGUCAGAACAGCGGUAUCUGCGUGGACCGCAACACCUGUCAGUGCCCGCCGAGCUACACGGGCCGCCUGUGCGAGGUCGAGAUCAAACCCUGCCUGGACUUCCCCCCGCUGCCGGCCAACUCCGCCCGGUCCUGUUCAUCUGAGAUGUGCACCAUAACCUGUAACGAGGGUCACAAGUUCUUCGACGGUUCGUCAGUGGCGAACAUGCGGUGCGUGGAGGGCCAAUGGCGGCCGGCGCGUGCGGAUCUCGCCGUGCUGUCAGACUGCGAGCCCCAGUGCGACCCGCCCUGUCUCAAUGGCGGCGUGUGUCUCUCUGUAGACACAUGUCAAUGCCCUGUAGACUUUAGAGGACCGCAGUGUCAAUAUUCGGCCAACGCAUGCGACGUCCGUAAGCUCGGUUUCAACGGCGCGUACCGUUGUUUUGGUGACAGCGAGAAGUUCUCCUGCAAGCUGUCGUGCCCCAACGGCGCCUCCUUCAACGGUCCAGCCGCGGAGCUAUAUACGUGCCUGUAUUCCACUGGCGUGUAUGAACCGCAGCCGAUACCUCAUUGCGUAUUUGAGGAAGUGGUCGUGAUUACACCGUCGAAUUACAUCCACAGUCACAGCAUAGGGCCAUCAUACAGCGUGGUAGAAACCAAUCGCACGGAGACGAUAUCAGGAUCCCAGGUGCAAGAGACCAUCGUAGUACAGGACCUCACGCCAAAGGGUGGCGCCUGCCUCGCCUGGGGUGGCACACACUACAAGACUUUUGACGGCAAGAUCUAUAGCUUCCAAUCACCAUGCUCAUUCACACUCGUCCGCGACUCCCUCGAGCACAAGUUCACCGUCGCGGUCCGCUCGCCAGCCUGCGUGCGCGCAGACUAUUGCCCGUCAGAGCUCACUAUCUACCUGGAGGACAAGACUUACAAGCUUGCUGUUGAUGAAGACGGAUCGGUGGUAUUCCGGAAUCAGAAGCGAAUGAUCCCGAUCCCGGCGUUCCUGCCCGGGAUCCACGUGGCCAUGCCCGGGGACCGCGUCACCGUCGCCCUGGAUGCUGGCAUCAACCUCAGCUGGGACAUGAACAACAUGGUGGUGGUAGAAGCAUCAGUGCUGCUUUGGAACAAGACGGAAGGUCUAUGCGGUUCGCUGGACGGCAACCCCGAGAACGAUAUGAUGACGAAGGAAGGCGAGCCUGCCGUCGUCAAGUCGGUGAUGGUGUCUUCGUGGGAGCUGAAUAAGAUCGGGGAAGUGUGCGACAGCAGCCCCAUGGACACUAGUGCCUGUACGUCCAAAUCGGAGCAGGACAUGAAGAAAGCCCUUCAGUUCUGUACCAGCAUCUUCACCAAGGACAAGUUCAGACGGUGCGCCAAGGUCAUGGACGUCAGUCAGCUUCUUGAGACCUGCCAGUGGGACUACUGCGCCUGUGUAUCUAGCUUGAGUCCGGAGGAGUGUGCAUGUCGCACAGUGUCUGUCUACGCAACGGAGUGCCGGCGACACGGCGCAACGGAGAUGGCGAACUGGCGAGACGCUGACACGUGCCCUAUGAAAUGUCCCGCGGGCAAGGUAUACAAGGCAUGCGGUGCAGAAGUACAGCCCAGCUGUUUGAUGCCUGAUGCACCCACCACAGGCUGCGUCGAAGGCUGCUACUGCCCCGACGGCAUGUUGCUAGAAGGAGGACAGUGUGUUGAGAAGAGGGAGUGUCCCUGCAGGAUCCGGAAUAAACUGUUCCCGCCCGGCGCGGUGGUGCCCAAGAAGUGUAAUACUUGCACGUGCGUUGACGGAUCUUGGGCAUGCACUGCCGCGGCGUGCGGCGCGCGCUGCGGUGCUGUUGGCGACCCGCACUACCGCACGUUCGACGGCGCACGCUACGACUUCAUGGGCCGGUGUAGCUAUACCUUGUUGUCGGCGCCAAAUGUGACAGUUACCGUGGAGAAUGUCGCCUGCUCGGGUGCUAUCAGCGAAGCUAUGAACCUAGCACCAUUCUCCGGCGAAGGAAAACCCUCCUGCACCAAAGCUGUUAACAUCGAGUACGGUGGUGCGGUGAUUCGUCUGCAGCAGGGUGGUUCCGUGCUGAUUGACGGACGCACGAUAGAAACGCUGCCUGUCACUGUGGGCGACGUGCGUAUACGCAUCGCGUCAUCGCUGUUUGUUAUCGUACAACUGCCCAACAAAGUGGAUCUAUGGUGGGAUGGCAACACCAGAGUGUUUGUUGAUGUUCCUCCAAGUUUUAUGGACCAGACUAAGGGUCUCUGCGGUACCUUCAACUUGAACCAGAAAGACGACUUCUUGACCCCCGAGGGUGAUGUAGAGCAGACGGCUCUCGCGUUCGCCAACAAGUGGAAGACCAGGGAGUUCUGUGAUGAUAUCGACCUGCAGGAACCUGAACAUCCGUGCACCGCCAACGUCGAGAACAGAGACGCCGCUGAGAAGUACUGUAACCAGCUCAAGGGAUCCUUGUUUGAAUCUUGUCACGCGUUCGUGGACGUGCAGUCCUACUACGAAGCGUGCGUAUACGACAUGUGCGCGUGCGACGGCGACAUAUCGCGCUGUCUCUGUCCGAUACUCGGCGACUACGCGAUGGCGUGCGCGGCCGCCGGCAUGCACGUACAGUGGCGGUACCAUGUGAAGGAGUGCGAGAUACCGUGCGGUGGCGGGCAGCAGUAUAUGGUAUGCGCUGACAGCUGCGCGCGUACGUGCAUUGAUGUCGCGACGCAAGGCGACUGUAGACCGACUUGCGUCGAGGGAUGCGCCUGCCCAGCGGGAGAGGUUCUAAACAACAACAACGUAUGUGUGCCCGUCGCCCUGUGUCCGUGCUACCACAAGGGGCUGGAGUUCAAACCCAACUACAAGGAAGUGAGGCCGGGGAGACGAGAACGUGAACUAUGCACAUGCGUCGGUGCACGCUGGGAGUGCGUACCGGCUACGGACGCGGACAUCAAACAGUACCCGCCCGCUGAGGAUCUGCGUGCAAACUGCAGCGCCGCGCAACACAAAGAACUGACUGCUUGUAUGGCUGAACCGCUUACCUGCAAGAACAUGCAUCUACCCCCCACGGUGACGUCACUGGAAUGCCGGCCCGGCUGUCAAUGCAAGCGCGGCUACGUCCUCGACAGUACCACCGGCGACUGUAUCUUGCCCGCCGACUGUCCCUGCCACCACGGCGGCCGGUCUUACCCCGACGGACAUACCAUGCAAGAGGAGUGCAACACUUGUACGUGCGCGAGCGGCAAGUGGACGUGCACGGAGCGGCCGUGCGCGGGCGUGUGCGGCGCGUGGGGCGACUCCCACAUCACCACCUUCGACGGCCAGACCUUCGACUUCCAGGGCGUCUGCACCUACCUGCUGGCUAAGGGCUCCAUGGAUGGCAAGGAUGGAUUCAGCGUGGAGAUACAGAACGCACCCUGUGGUACAACCGGCGCGACGUGCUCCAAGUCUGUGACGCUUAAAGUGGCGUGUGGUGGUGUGGAGGAGAGCGUUUCUCUCACCAAGAGCACUCCCCUGCCCGACACCAGUGAAUUGAAGAAAAUAAAACUUCGUCUAGCGGGAGCGUACGUUUUCCUAGACGUUCCCUCGCUCGGAGUAAGCCUGCAGUGGGACCGCGCGCUCAGGGUAUACGUCAAGAUCGAGGCUAUGUGGAAAAACAGGGUGAAGGGUAUCUGUGGCAACUACAACUCGGACACGCGCGACGACUUCCAAACCCCCACUGGCGGUGGCUUCCCCGAGACGUCCGCGCUCAUCUUCGCUGACUCAUGGAAACUGCAGCCCACCUGCCCUAAGGCUGAGGAUGUCACGGAUCACUGUAAAGAACGUCCCGCGCGCGCGGAGUGGGCGUCGUCUACGUGUGGCGCGAUGAAGCGUGCGCCGUUCGCUGCGUGCGCGGCGGAGGUGCCCGCCGGCCCGUACGUAGCGCGAUGCGAAAGUGACGCGUGCGCGUGCGACUCCGGUGCUGAUUGCGACUGCGCGUGCGCAGCACUCGCCGCGUACGCACACGCGUGCGCACAGCGUGGCGUACACAUUAAGUGGCGUACGAAGGAGCUGUGCCCGAUGCAAUGUGAUGAGGAGUGUACAUCGUACAGUGAAUGUAUGUCCCCCUGCCCGGCCGAGACGUGCGACAACACACUCGACUAUAGCGAAAUCUCGACGAUUUGCUCCAAGGAUACCUGUGUUGAAGGUUGCAAACCCAACAAGACGUGUCCAGAAGGCAUGGUGUACGCAAACAGCACGUCGCAGGAGUGCGUCCCGCGCGCCAAGUGCAAGCCGACUUGCAUGACGCUGGCGGACGGACGCGUGGUGUUGGAAGGCGAGAUCAUUGAGGAGGACGCCUGUCACACCUGUCGAUGCUCGCAGAAGCACCGAGUAUGCUCCGGACAGCCUUGCUCUACGCCGAUCCCAGAGACGCUGUCGCCGGAAACGACACCGCAUGACCAGCCGCUGGGCUGCACGACCGGCUGGACGGCGUGGCUGUCCCGCGCCGCGCCCGACCUCACCGCGGCGGGACACUCCGUCGACACGGAGCCGCUGCCGAAACCUAGCGAGCUGGCGAUUGGCUCACCGAUGUGCAAGAAAGACAAGAUGACAGAUAUAGAGUGCAGGACGGUGGGCGACCACAAAUCACCCAAGGAGACAGGACUGAACGUCGAGUGUAGUUUGGAGCGUGGACUUGUGUGCGAUGAGAAGGAAAACACUUGUCCCGACUUCGAGAUACGCGUGUUGUGUACUUGCGAUGAGGAACCGUUCCAAUGCCUGAACUCUACGCAUCCAAACCACGCGCACCCGCACUCGUGCACGCAGUUCUACGAAUGCACGCCAGAAGCGACGCACGCGGCGCUCAAAACGUGCGCGCCCGGCCUCAUGUAUAACCCCACGCUUAUGGUGUGCGAUUGGCCCGCGGCUGUUAUCGCGAUUCGUCCUGAAUGUGGUGCAGAGAUAACUACUACUCAACCUGAAAAGCCGCGUGUUUAUAUAGACACGACGACGGAAAGUCUCUGCCCGCCCGGCCACAAAUACUCUGAGUGCGCGUACGCUUGCGAUCAACUGUGCGAACACUUCGAGACCGUACUCAAGAUGGAGGGGAAAUGCGUCAACGGCGAGAAAUGCAUAGAGGGCUGCGUACCGCAGAAGUGCGAUGCGGACAAACUUUGGCGUGACGUGCUGACUUGCGUGGCGCCGCGCGACUGUACCUGCAACGACAACGGACGCAUCGUCAAGCCAGGAGAAGUGGUAGAAUUAGGUUGCGAGAAGUGCCAAUGUUUGGACAACGCGCUCCACUGUGAUACCAGCAACUGCGGUACCACAUUCGGGCCGACGCACGCCGACUACAUCCUCCCACCGGUUACUACCACAACCACCACCGAGGCCACUACAGUGACUGAAGCUACAAGUAAACUGACUGAGGCUACAACGAAACCUACAGAGACUACCACUAAAACGACCGUCCCGCCACUCCCGACCACCCUCAUGAUCAAGACGACAGUGUCGCCACCACCAGAGUGUGAGCCUGAUAGAUACAAGUACCUGCUAUGGGGUGAUGAGCCGCUGCCCGCCAAACUGUCCGCUAGCUCCGCCGCCAGUCCCAUGUUCGCGCCGCAGUUCGCUAAACUCAACGGCACUACUACUGCUGAAUCAGCGGGCAGCUGGAACCCAGCAGUAUCAGAUCUGAACCAGUACAUCCAAGUGGAGCUGCCGUCCAAGGAGCCCCUCUAUGGUGUGGUAGUCCAGGGCAGCCCGCUGUUCGAGCAGUACGUCACGAGUUACGAGCUGAUGUACGGAGACGAUGGAAACGCAUACCAUACCGUGAACGGACCGGAUGGAGAGCCACAGGUGUUCCGAGGUCCGGUAGACAACAAAACACCAAUGAAGCAAAUGCUUGAACCACCGAUAGAAGCGAAAUUCAUCAGGCUGCGUCCGUUGACUUGGCACGAAGACAUCGCGGUGCGCCUCGAGCUCAUCGGCUGCGGGGAACCAACGGAGACGACGGAAACUGACGUGGAAACAACGGAAACGACAAAAAUGACGUACACUGACGUGAUGACAACGCCAACGAUUAAAGAGACGAUAAAGACUACUACGGAGCCUAGUACGACGCUGGAGCCCCUACAAUGCACGGAGCCGCUGGGCGUCGGUGCUGAACUGCCCAUCGACAUGAUAACAGUCAGCUCGAACAACGACGCGCGCGCCGGACUUGCGCUCGCCGCGCCGCGUGGUUGGACGCCCGCGUACAGCACGCCUGGGGAAUGGAUCAUGUUCAACUUCACGUCACCGAGAAACAUAACAGGCAUCAAGACGGCUGGCGGCGCGAACGGGUGGGUCAGCGCGUACACAGUCGAAUACACGUGUGACGUCACUACAUUCAGUCCCGUGUUGGACGCUUCUGGAAAACCCAAGACGUUCCCUGCCAACUUCGAUAAACAUGGAGUGAUACUCAAUGAGUUCCGCCCGCCCCUACGCGCGCAGUAUCUGAAGAUAAUGCCGCUGAAAUGGACGGACAAUAUCGAGAUGCAUGUCGAACCGAUCGGCUGCUUUGAACCUUAUCCGACAACCGUGGCGCCGCCCACCACCAUAAGCCCGUGCUCGCUGUGUCCCGACGUGCCCGCAACUGCGUGCGUGUGCGCAGCGCCGUUAUACUACGACGGCGAGAGCUGCGUGCCGCGCGACCAGUGUCCCUGCGUUGUUAAAUAUAUGACGUAUGAAGUGGGUGCGACGUACCGCGGCGUGUCGUGCGACCAGUGCGUGUGCAAGAUUGGCGGCGUCAGCGACUGUCGCCCGGCCGAGACCUGCGAGUGUGCACCGGACCUAGUCCCGCACCUGACCAAGGACUGCCAAUGCUUAUGCGAGCCGUGCGCCAACGGCACUCGUAUCUGUCCCACCAGCAAGCUCUGUCUGCCGCUGGAGCGCUGGUGCGACGGCCUGCAGGACUGUCCUGAUGAUGAGCGGGAUUGUACCACCACAGCGGUGACGAUAGUGGAAACGGUCAAGACUACGGUGAUACCGACCGUCGCGCAAAUCCGCUCGACGCCGGCCCCGCCCACUACGCCCGCGCCGGUAGUGUGUCCCCCUGUGGAAUGUCCCCCGAACUACAUCGUCAGCUAUACCCACGCUCCGCUACAACGAUCUCAGUCUAUGUCUGAGUUGCCACCGCCAAGACCACGGUAUUCCUACCAGAGGUACUACAAGGGAGGCGGUACUAAAGGCGGUACGAAGGGCGGAUCUAAAGGAGGGUUCUCGAAGACUGCGUUCUCAAAGGGCGGUUCGAAAGGUGGAUCUUAUGGUGGAGGCAAAUACAGUCAAGCGUUCACCCUGGAAAAGCCGACGUUUACCAAAAAGCCAACGACGAAGGAGGAGUGCCCCCAGUUCCGCUGCGUGCCCAAGUUGCCCCCGCCGCCGCACCGGGGCACCACCGCGCGCCCCAUCGAGUGCGUGGCCCCCGCGUGCCCCCGCGGCUACUCGCUGCAGCUGGAGACGGUGCCCGGAGCCCAUACUGUUUGUCCGCAGUACGUAUGCGUGCCGCCGCCGGAGCGUCCCGUGUUUUGCAACAUGACGGGCCGGACUUUCAGCACGUUCGACGGCACAGAGUACAAAUACGAUGUCUGCUACCACAUACUAGCGAGGGAGACACGUCUCCGCGCUUGGACUGUGCUAGUACGCAAGAACUGUCGCCCCGAAGGCUGUGCCAACGAGCUCAUGGUACUCCAAGACGACCAACUGGUUCUGGUGAAACCCAACAUGAUGAUAGAGUACAACGGCUACGAGUAUACUGUGGAGCAGACGAGCAAGAUCUGCUUCCAGCAGAACAGCUUCGAUGUAGCCCGUCUGGGCAGCGGCCUGCUCAUCAAAUCCAGGAAAUACAAGUUUAUAGUGCUCUUCAGUAAAGAUGGUGAUGUGAAGAUUGGGGUAUACUCGGACUCGCGCGGUCACGUGGACGGCCUCUGCGGCGCGUUCGACGGCGACGCGUCAAACGACCGCAGCACGCCGGACGGCCGGCUCGCGACCAGCACGGAGAAGUUCGCCAGCAGCUGGGCCAAGCCCGGUCUGCCGGCUGACGCCUGCCGCGUGUCUGCCUGCCCGCCUGACCAACAGGCGAGAGUGUGGGAGAUGUGCAAAGUCAUUGCCGAGGAGCCCCUAUCGCGAUGUGGCAAGGUGUUAAACCUGGACAAGUGGCGCAGCAUAUGCCUGGAGAAGAUCUGCGAGUGCGCGGCCGGCGGGAAGGGCGAGGGGGCGUGUCGGUGCGCACUGCUGGAACAGCUGGUUGGAGAGUGUAUGGGCGCUGACCGGGACGUUGAUGUGGCUGGAUGGAGAGUGAAGAUGGACUGCCCUGCUGAUUGUCCCGCGCCGCUCGUGCACUACGACUGCUACCGGCGGCGCUGCGAGCCGGCGUGCGGGGCCUCAGGGGCCUCCGGUGCCCCCACGGUGUGUCCCGCGGAGGAGGGGCACUGCUUCCCCGGUUGCUACUGCCCCGAGGGCAAACUGAGGCUCGGAGACACUUGCGUCGUGCCCGCUGAUUGUCUUGACUGUACAUGCACUGGCAUCGGCACGCCGGCCAAGUACGUGACGUUUGAGGGCGACGACCUGCCCUUCCUCGGCAACUGCACCUACCUCGCCGCGCGCGACACCAACCGUACUCAGCAUCAUAACUUUGAGGUGUAUGUAACCAACGGCCCGUGCGAAGAGAACAGCGCCGUGGUGUGCGCCAAGGUGAUACAUCUGAUACACGGCAAAAACGUCGUGCACAUCAGCAAGGCUGAAGGCAAUAAGAAGCUGCUACCGGUAAUAAACGGGGAGGCGGUAUUCCGGUAUCCCGCGACGCGCGACUGGGCGACCUUGACGCUGCUCAACGGACAGGACGUUAGCGUGAUGCUGCCGGAGCUGCAUGUUGAGCUGAUAGUAUUCCAAGCGAAGCUCGAAUACAGUAUCCGCAUGCCGUCCCACAUCUACGCGAACCGCACGGAGGGGUUGUGCGGCGUGUGCGCCGGCGACCAGCCCCAACUGAUCACCAGCAACGGCACCGCUACCGAUGACUUUGAACUGUACGGCAAGAGCUGGCAAGCGAGCCCCGAGACGCUGACGACACUGGAGGUGCCGCCGCAGGAGCAGUGCGGCGAACUGCCUCCGGAGCCCGAGUGCGUGCCGCCCGCGCCCGAACACAACCCCUGCCUGCAGCUCAACAACGCUGAUAAGUUUGGACAGUGCUUAGCGCUGAUCGACUCGCAACCGUACUUGGAGGCGUGUGAGACAGAACUGUGCCUUAACCGCAGCGCGUGCGGCACGCUCGAGCGGUACGCCGCAGACUGCGCUCGCCAGGGAGUCUGCCUGGACUGGCGCGCUUAUCUGUGCCCAUUGGCCUGUGAUGCGCCGCUAGUGUACCGUCCGUGUGUGGACUGCGAGAGGACGUGCGACAACAACGACGAAUACAAGAACGGCAAGAAGUGCGACAGCAAACCAGUAGAGGGAUGCUUCUGUCCCGAGGGGAAAGUAAAAGUAAACAACACGUGCAUUGAACCAUCCAAAUGUUUCCCGUGCGACGCCAACAAAGAACAUUAUGCCGGCGACGAAUGGCAGGAGGACGCAUGCACAAAAUGCACAUGCAGCAAGACCGCACACGGCGAGGCGCACGUGGCGUGCACGACGCAGACCUGUACGCGGCCCGUGUGCGCCAGCGACCACGACCUGCUGACCACGCCCCCCGCGCCCGACGCCUGCUGCCCCACCUACCUGUGCGUUCUGAAACCCGUGGAGGAGCGAUGCGAGACCCCGAAGAAGAUGGACUGCGGCUUCGGACAAGUUCUGAAGCAGAAGAUCAAUGACCAGGGCUGCCCCGAGUUUGCGUGUGAAUGCAUGCCGGAGAGCGAGUGCGAGCACAUCCCUACGGAGAGCGAGGUGGAGAUGUUGGAGCCGGGCAUGGAGCGCGUGGUCGACCGUGCCGGGUGUUGCCCGCGCGCGCGCCUCGUGUGUCGCCCCCAGCUGUGCCCGCACGCCCCCGACUGUCCCCGCUUCCACGACCUGAAGACUGACAACGACACUGCCAAGUGCUGCCCCGAGCAUCGUUGCGAACCUCCCAAGGACAAGUGCAUCGUUAAGCUGGAAUGGGAGGCAGCUCCGAAGGGAGGAGAGAAAAUACGCACCACCCAAUUGGAGACUCUGAAAGAGCUGGACAGCGUAUGGCUGGACGGUCCGUGCCGGCGCUGCCGCUGCGUGCCGUCAGCCCGGGGCCCCGCGCCGCAGUGCAGCCUGCGGGAGUGCCCCGACAUUGGCCCCAGCGACCAAUUCGUGGUGGAGCCCCGCCCCGUGCCCUUCGCGUGUUGCCCCGAGCCCGUACAUGUGGCCUGCCGCGACGGUGACAAUAUUUACAAGGUCGGCGAGAACUGGACGUCGGCGGACAACCCGUGCGAGUCGUACCGCUGCGCCGAGGCCGAGCCCGCCCGCCUAGAGAAGAUCACCACCGUCCAGAACUGCGAGACUGGCUGCAAGCCGGGCUGGGAGUACAAAGAAGCUGAAGACGGAUCAUGUUGUGGGCGUUGCGAGCCGGUUGCGUGCGUGGUGGGCGGGGCCGUGCGGCGCGUCGGCGAGGUGUGGCGUUCUAACGACCAUUGUACCAACUACACUUGCCUCAAUGUCAACGGCACGUUACAAGUGCAAAGCUCCAACGAGACGUGUCCCGAAGUUCCGGAGUCCCUCGUCAAACAGUUCGUGCUGAGCGACGAGGCUAUCCCUGACAAGUGUUGUCACAAGCGCGAGCCGAUUGCGUGCAGAGUCGGCAACGAAAUCUAUCAGGAGGGUCAAACUUGGGUGUCAUCGGAUCCGUGCGUGAACGUGACGUGCGCGCGCGAUAUGUCAGGUCGUCUGACUCAACUAGCUGAGCGUACGCCGUGCGUCACUGAGUGCGCGCGCGGCUGGCGAUACGAGCGCACGACGGAUGAGUGCUGCGGCCGCUGCGUUCAACAUCAGUGCGUCGUCGGUGAUGAGUUGAAGGAUGUUGGCAGCACAUGGCAUUCCCCGGACAACUGCACGUCGUACUCGUGCGAGCGUUACGGCGCGGACGUGAUGGUGACGUCAUCGGCCGCGGUGUGCCCGGACGUGUCGGCGUGCGCGCCCGCAGACCGCGUGCAGGAGGGCUGCUGCCAAGUGUGCACCGAGAAACCGGCUAAUCUCAAAACGUGCGCACCGGAAGCGAUGCCGUUAUCGGAGACGAUCGGGCUAUUCCACGUGGAGUUGCACGUGCACGGCUACUGCGACAACCGCGAGGGGUUGCCGCGCUUCAUGGAGUGUCGUGGCCACUGUAACUCCGGCACGCUGUUUAACAACGCGACUGGCACGCACGAGUCAUCAUGCGAGUGCUGCCGCGCAACGUCGUUCGCGGCGCUGGACGCAACGCUGACGUGCGCGGACGGCACGCGGCUACCGCACCGCGUCGCGUCCGCUGUCGCCUGCGACUGCAGCCCCUGCGGCGCCGCUGACCUCGAACUAACGACCUAUCCUACAAAAACCGGAUACAAAGGACUGACACCGUACCCGACAAAAACCGGAUAUGGAGGUUCCCAUGGGCGUUACGAGCGACCGAAGUAUGAGCCAGAGUAUGACAUCGAUGCGCGCUUCGCUGAGCCGCACCGCCGUCGCAGACGAGUCUAGAGCAUAGACUAUAGACCAGGGACCAAGUCUAAACCAUAGACUACAGAUCAGGGGGCAUAGCCAAAGCAACAAUGUAAAGAGCUUCACGAAGUUAAAACAAUACCGUAUAAUGACUACAAAUCUGCCAUAAUAUAAUAAUAAUAAAUGUGUAAAUAUAAUUAAACAAAACAAUAAUAUAUAAUUAAUUUCUAACUUCGUUAUUCUUAUAAUGUUAUACGACUAUUUCUCUGGAAUCUCCAUCGAUACCAAAGACAACCAACCAGUGUACAAAAUAUAUAAAUAAAUAACUGCAAUGUA